CGCAGAGCAGCGCCGCGGAGCGCACAGACUUAUCCGAGGAGAGAGAGAGAGGGGGGGGGGAAAGCACACCUGUUACUGAAGAAGCGAAAGCAAAGUGCAAAAAAGAGGACUGCGUCUUCCUCUGUAGUGCUACACACCUGACUGCACCUACUCCACACAUCCCACUUUCCGGUGGGGACCAUGUGGGUUCUGGAUAAGAUCCGCGGGUCGGUGGAGAGUGGUGUUCUGCGACAGGGGGAGAACGGGGACAAGAAGGGUGGCACCCCGGCCUACAGCAACGUCCUCACUCCCGACAAGAUCCCAGAUUUUUUCAUUCCUCCGAAGUUGGUGAGCUGCCCGCCAGAGCCCGAGAUUCCCGCCGUAAAGCCCAAAGAAGGCCUGCACCCGUCCACUUCUGAGCACACCAUCGGUAGUGGGAAGAUCAGCAGCCCGAGAAGCCCACGUCUGGUAGCCAAGAUCGCAGGAGACACCAAGAACUUGCUGAGAGCUGCAAACCGCCACAUUAUACAGAUAGAGAGUGCUGAUGAUGUGGUGGCUGGAGACACUAACGCAGACCCCCAGUCGCAGACUGCAAUGUCUCUGCCUUAUGUCCCCAAGACUCAGACGUCCUAUGGGUUUGCUACCUUGAAGGAAAGCCCCCACACGCGCCGUAAAGAGUCGCUGUUCCACUGUGAGCUCACCAGUCCCAUCACCUCCCCAAAUACGCAAAGGAAGACUCCGGGCAGAAGCAGCGACACGGGAAACCACCUGAAUCCCGCUGACUUUAACACCUCUCACAUGAAUCCCUACCGAUACUUCAGCGGCGGAGAGAGCGACACCUGCUCCUCAGCCGAGUCCUCCCCUUUCAGCUCCCCUCUGCUCUCUCGCUCCGCGUCCCUGCUCAAGAUCUUCACCCAUGAGACGCAGGCCAAAGUGGUGAAAGCCAAGCGGACUUUCGCGCGCCACAGCUCCCUCUCCACCGACGAGUGCAGCUCGGCCGAGCCCAGCCCCAACGUCCAGCGACGGCUCCACGUCCCCACCUAUCACGGCGGCGCUGGAGCUUCGGACCACGGCCUCCAUCAGGAGCACACCAUCAACCUGCACAAAGGCGGGACUCUGCGGAUCAGCGUCAACUACGACUCCAGCACCUCCCGCCUUCUCAUCCGCGUCCUGGCGGCGGAGAGUCUGUACGACAAGCACUUCGACAUGAAGAGCAUCAACUGCUGCGUGUCUGUCUACCUGAACCCCGGAAAGCUGCAGAAGCAAAGGAGCAACAUCAUCAAGAACAGCCGCAACCCGGUCUUUAACGAGGACUUCUUCUUCGACUCCAUAAGUUCGACUCAGGUGAAGAGCCUCUCCGUGAAGUUCAAGGUGGUGAACAAAGGCACCAGCCUCAAGAGGGACACCUUGCUGGGAGAGCGAGAGGUGCCUCUGGGGAAGUUGCUCUCAGGGGUUUAAAGCUCCAGGAACUGAAGGUCAAAGGGGGGCAAAGAGCGAGGAUACAGAUGAAACUUAAAUUAGAUGUUUGCACUGGUUUCUAUGUUUUAUUUAUUCUAACAGUGACCAUAAAGACAAAGGGAGACGACAGGGAAGGACCUCCAAGAAUGAAAACCAAUCCCAGAAGGAACAUCAGCUUUAAUAAAUCUAAAUAAACACCAAGCCCACUAAAUGACCCAGAUGUAGCCUAUAUGUGGACACCUCAAGGAUUUAUCAUCCCCAAGCUCUGCCUAGCUCCAUCUCCCAUUAAAGAACACUCAUUAAACCAAGCUGGGCUGAACAGCAACGGUUGAAUUUGACACAUGAAAGGUUUUCUUUCUGGACGUGUCUCCCAGCCAGCUCCGGUUCAAAGGUUGGAGGACACCUGUGCUUCACUGCGCUCAUCUGUGCGUGCCACGGUUUUAUUAUUGUAAUGUGGCAGAAAUCCGCAGCAGCACUGGAUGCGAUUCCCCAUCUCGCCAUGUGCUGCACGGGCACAGAGAUGCUUUUGUGAAACGGUGGGAGCUUUGAAGUGGCACUAGAGCCUGAUGUGCAAAUGACCCUUUGAUCCCAGUUGCCAGAGCAGCCCACAUUUACAUUCCCAUCAAAAAGUACAAUUAUAACACGAUUGAUCUUGUAAGAAAGACUAAAGUCUAUGUUAUAACGAUACAAUUAAGGAUAACUGAACAUUACAGAACAUUUACAAAUGUGGGGAAACGAUGUCUGUAGAGUUUAUAACCACCCGUGUUUAAUCCUUUCCUUCAGCAUCAAACAUUUUAAAGAAAGCAUUUGUCGCUGUCUUUUUGACACGUCGUUGAAUAAAACAGAGCAAAACCACUUGUAUUCUUACAAGCAUGCAAAAUAUGAAAAAUAGCCUAGGUGUAAACAUUGCUCUGUAGCACUACUAGAGGACAAUCCACAGGCUACCUUUACAUUGUAUCUAGUCAGUUAAAAAAUCUGCCGAUCUUUUCCAGGACAACUCAACUCAUUUCAAGUAAAGAUAUAAAAUCAUUUCUCAUCUAUUUUGAUUGCAGAGCAACAUUUGGACACUAUCGAUGAACAAAAUCUCAUGUUAGAAGCAGAUUUCUUCACCUUAAAAUAUUCCUAAAGCUUAAUUAUAGACAGAAAUGACUUGUUAAAAUGAGAUUUUUAUUAGUGAGCAGUAAUGUUUUUGGAUUUUAAUAUUUUUAAUAGCCCCCAGUCAUGUCUGUAACAGUAUGAAACACAGCUAUGAGUUAAUGAAAGUGGAGCAGCAAGGGAAACUGGUUGCAGUAUAUUUGAUAUACAUAUUUAUCUGGUUGAUGAAAUCCUUACACUGUGAUGAAAUAGCGGUGUGGGCACUCCAGUUAAUAACAGCCCGUCAGCCCAGUGUGGGCACCUUGAUUAAAUCCUAAUUAAACAACAUGUCCUCACCAGGGACGCCGACAUCUACUUCAAGACCAGUUGGUUAAACCCUUUCCUGAACUACAAGAUAAAAACGCAGGCAAAUACUCAAACGGUCUUUUCCUCAUUUAAAAUUUCAUUCCAGUUCGCUUCACUCUUCAUUGUUUACUCCAAAUCUCAACAGAUAUGAAAAAAGUGCUCAUUUUAGAUAUAGUAGCAUGUAAAGGACAUUUUCUAGUUUGAUUAUUACAAGUGAGUGUAGGGUUUACACUGGACAAAGUGCUGAUUUACUGUUUGCAGCAGGACAAGAAAGUCGAACUUUUUACCUUUUUAAGUUUACAACUUAUGCAACAACACAGUACUGUCCAAUGGUCACCCCUCAUUUCUUUAUACUUUUUAAGGAAAAUGGGAAAUAAGUGCAGCGAUUUGUUAAAACGUGCAAACAUACGUGGAAAAACAGUAUACGAGGCAAAAACUGAGUGUGUGCAAUUCUAAGGAGCUUAAAAGUCAAUAUUUGCUAUGAACACUUUAUAUUCAUCAACACAGCCGGAACUCUCACAGGCAAGCUUUCUGGUAAUUUCUUUAAGUGGUCUUCAGGAAUAGUUCUCCAGGACAUUCAAAGCUCUUCUUUGGAUGUUGACUGAUCCCACUCUUCUUCAAUAAUUUUGAUCUGGGCUCUGGAGAGGCUGAUAGUACAGCUCAAUUUUCUACCCGAGUAUGCUUUUACUGCAUUGUUGGUGUGUUUGGGAUCACUGUCAUGUAGAAAAAUGAAGCUCUUGACAAUCAGAUGCUUUCCAGAUAGUAUUGUACGGUGGAUGAAAACCUAGUGGUAAUUUUCUGUGUUCACAUUUCCAUCAUUUUUGACAAGAUCCUAGUUAAAAUGUAGCCCCGUAUCUGUGCAUGCACAGUAGGACAGUAUACCUUUCAACUAAAAAAAUGUGAGCAAACGAUGUGUUUGUGUGAUCAGCCGCUAGUAACAAAGUGCCAAAAUAUACUUAUUUAAAAUUGGUUCAUUUCUAAAUUGUCUUUUAUGCGUAGACACAUAGGUCAGUGGCUUAACAGACUCUGAAAAUGGUCAGGUACAAGGACUGGACUGAAGAUGAGUGAAAAAGCUGCCAAAGGAAAACUGUUGCUCAAGGCCACCUUAAAAAUGACAAGAAAGCCUGUCUCCUUGGGAGCAAAUGAAUAAAGAGAUGAGGGAUGGAUUGAGACUUUUGCACUGUACUGUACAUUUGCCUGUUGGCAGUAGACAAACUAUCAUACCAUUGUGCAUUGUGUAACUUUAUUCAAUGUCUCAUUUGAGCAGAUUAGAAAACUUGUGUCACAGCAAGUACCAGCUGCACAGUGUGAACAUGGCGCUGGUCUUUGCAUGAUGUGUGCAAGGAUUUAUUAAACCCUAAAGCCUUACACUGUGGGUGUGUGUGAGUGUGUGUGUGUUUUGAGCCUGAUUUCUUUUCUUUUUCCUUUUUUCGUCCAGAGUUGUUAAUUUUCUAUGUCGUAUUUUGUAAACUGAAUGCUUUGAAAUGACUCUUCGAUGUAUGUUGGGUUUGUAUUGUGUAUAUACAGUGUAACUGCAUUUGUCAGUGAAAUGCUAAUUAUGCACCAGCGAGUGAGAAGUGCUUAUGACAGAUAUUUUCAGAUAUGGCGUUUCAUCUUUAAUGAAGUCCGAUGGGGAGGAAGCAGACGUGUCAGGAAAGAGAUGUUAAGAAAACAAUCUUGUGUGCUUUAAUGGGAGCAGCCACCCUGUCUUCUGUUGCUGUUCUCUGCUGUCCUUCUGAAGAAUUAGAAGAAAUUGGAUGUGACUGCAGCCUCGAGUGUCCAGCAGAGGAAAGCGACUUCACAAAGAAAAUAAGUCAGAGACAGCAGACUGAUGCAAAUUACUGAGAGUUCCUCACACGUCCACCCAAAGCUUCGUUUAAUUAUACGAGGACUGCUCUCACCUGGUGUUUGUAGCUCACUUGUAGCACCACUAUCGAUGUGCUUCAUAUACAGUGACUCUGUUGGGUGGUUUGUUAUGGCGUGAAACUCUGUGAUCUGUUGCAAUCCCUGCUGAAUACUUGUGUGCAACAUACAGUGCCUGCUUGUAGACUUUGUUGUUGUUUUUUUACUCAAACUUUCAAAUUGUUUGACUGUCGAUGUUUCUUUUGCAUGCCUAAAAUGUUCCAGUAGUUUCAGUACUAAGUCUCAGUGGAUUCUUAUUGUGCAGUUGUGGCUCUCCUUGUGCUAUAGGUGAGGAUUUCCUGCAGACACUAAUGUUUAUAUAAAAAUGCAGCUAAUAUAUGGAGGAUGUGUUCGAGUGUGUUCAAUUUUUAUAACUGUUUUCAUGUAGUUUAUCUUUUAAUAGAGUUGAAAACAAUGCCUUUAUCUGGUAUUUCUGCUUGGAUGGGCUGUGCUGUUCUCGGUUAAUAUGUCACAGGUUCAUAUUCUGCAAAUUGUGAGAUAGACCCUCAUCAGUACAUACGUCUUGUAGCUGAAAUAAAUUCAACCAGUUAAUUAUUUUUUAUCACAACGAAUGCAAACCAAAGUACCAACUGGAGUUUUAAAAGUUUUUCUGAAGAAUAUUUUACCCAAAUCUUUUAUUAUUCACAUCUGACUCGCUUCAUUUUCUUGUCAGCUUUCGGAUGAUAUUUUGAACUGAAAUCGCAAGGAGUAGAGGUAGUGAUGGUGCAUGAGUAUAAAUACCUGGGGUCAGUCAUCCAAAACAAUGAACGGUGCACAAGAAAGGGGAAGAAGAGAGUGAAGCUGGGGUGGAAAUGGUGGAGAUGAGUGGUUUAUAAGAUGGUAGCGAGAUCUGCUAUGAUGUGUGGUCUAACAAAAAGACAAGCGGCGGAGGUGGCAGAGUUGAAGAUUUUCAUUAGGAGCAACCAGAAUGGACAGGAUUAGUAAUGAGUAUAGCAGAGGGUUGAGCGGUUUGGACAUGAGCAGAGGAGGGAUAGUUGAUAUUGUGGACAAUGGAUGUUUACUAUGGAGCUGCUGGGCAGGAGGAAAAGAGGAAGAUACAAAGGAGAUUCGUGGAUGUAGUAAAGGAGAAGCAGAAAGAUGACAUGACAGAGCUAGAGAUAAGGUGAGACGGAGGCAGAUGAUUUGCGAUGGCGACCCCUAUAGACAGCAAGAGCUGAGGCCAAUAGGACUCGAGUUACUCAUCUUAACUUUGACAUUCUGGGAAAAUGUCAGACCACUGUUUAAAUUCUUCCUUGAUGUCACAACUUAGCAGUUAACCACCAGGAAAGAGCUACCAGAUGAUGGAGCUUGAAAAAACAACAGUAAUAAGCUCAAACACACCAUACGUACCAGAUGUUACAACAGUUUACCCGGCAGCUGUCAGGGUAUUCCACAAUAGCAUCGCUAAUCGCCACUGCGCCUGUGCAGCUAACCUUUAUUACAUCAGCAGAAGAAUUACCAGAAUCAACUUACUACAAUUAACUUUCCCAUUAUCCACCCUGCUGUUGUGGUGGAAAUCAGUCUGUAUAUUUCUGCACUCAAUAGCUGUUUAAUUAGACGCAGGCCAGAGAGGCUUGACUGAUGACAUUUAAAAUGAGAAUUGAGAAAAGUGUCAAUACCUGUGUGUGUGAGAGACCGAGCUGAACAUUAUACUGACGCUGGCUUUAGUCACACUUCUUCUUGCUUUUAAAAAUAUGCUGUGUAUAUAUUUUAUUUUAAAUACACUGUGUUUCUCAAGUCUUCCUGUCUUGACAGGUUUGCUCUGAAAAAUGCAGCUGCAAAGUGCCGGUCCGUUACUUGAUAUCGAAUUCCUUCAUUUCUCUCCGGUGGAAGCUGGUUUCCAUGUGCAGUUGCUGUUCUUGUUGUGUUUCUGGACUUGUGCAGGUAGAGAUUUUUAUACUGUGACGCUUCAGCCACUUACAGAUGUUCUCCAGUUGCUGUGUUAAUGGGUGUGAAAUACUUUAAUUAAAGGUGAAAUUCAAUGAA